AUGGCUCUGCGUUAAAUUAAAUAGAAGUCAGCUGACGCCUGGUGUAUUUUUUUUUUAAGCACUGAGAACGAGGAGAUGUCGCCAAGGAAUAACCACGAUCCGACGUCAUCCGGUGAGUCGGGCAACACAAAUGUGGAGGAGGCGGAUCUGCGAGAGAUGGAGGACGUUAACCAGAGCCUCGACGCACUCAGUUGUGCCCUGGACGCUGUGGAGCAACGCACCGACGAUAUACUGUCGCAGCUGCGAUUGCUCUUGGACUCAAAUCGCGAGAUUCGACGCCAGCUAGCGGAGGAAAAUGACAACGCUGCCGAUGAGCCUAAUGACAAUGAUGAUCACGAAGAUCACGAUGAUGAUGAUGAGUUAGAGGGAAUCGUUAAUAAUAUGACCAAAACAGGCGUCAACUAAAUCACAUCACAGUUUUGUGCUUUUUUUAUGUAUAGUCAUUUGUUUCUAUACAAAUUUUUAAUAUAAUUGUUAACCAAUCCUACAAA